UUAACCUCUUGUACUCUGAAGAUGGAUGAUUAUUGCUGUCACUUAGGCGAAUAAUUAAGACUCGGGGCUGAUAGUAAAAAUUACAGUUACACUUGGUGGCACUAAUGCUCCGCCCGGUUGCAGUUCGUUAGUAAGCGAAGAAGAAUGAAAAGCAUCAGAACUGUUUGGCAACAGCCAUUAAACAACAGAAGAAGAACACGCUUUACGAAGGACAGUGGUUUGUUUGGAAAAUGGCGGGUGCUUUGAAAGAAAGGGAAUUUGCACGAUGUAUUUAUGAUUCUUUGCAGGCUGCAUCCUGCCCCUUGGUGGAAGGUCUGUACCUGCAGGAAGCAGACAGCAUGCUGCAGCUGCUGUGUGUUCCCUCCCAGCACCGCACCGACAUACUGGCAUGGAUCUGCAGCAGUAUCAGUCCAAAUUUUGCCAAUUCCAAGGUGAUGACAAUGGGAUCUAAAGACCCAGAUGUCUUGACUAAAGAAAUGGCUGUGUUUGGGCAGAAGCUGAUGCUGUGCAAAGCAGGUGACCUCGACCUGAUCAGGGGUGAUGCAAGUCAUCGUCGACAACUUCUGUUCCUGGAGCAGCUUUUAACUCUAGUCCCAGGCUGCAAGAAAUCUGCUGGGCACAGAGUGGAUAAAGAGAUGCUUCUGAACGAGCUCUAUGCUGCUGAGAAUCUGCCUCACCUCACACAAAUGCUCAAACCCACCCUCGAGCCCUGGCCUGCACACAUCAAGGCAUUAUGCAAAGGCACCAAGUCAUCUCAUAAGCAGGGUAGAGAAGAGGGUGCUGAUGUUGCCGCCCUUCUACAGUUGACUCAGUCAGCACUGGAGCAGCUACUGUCAGAGUCUCCUCAGUGUGAGUUCCUGAGCGAUGAGGCACAGAGUCCUGGAGUCUUCUCUCCAAGCUCACUGCGUGUGGCAGCAUGUGAUCUUCAACAGCUGAUGGCUACUUUCAGCCAUGUUUAUGAAACAGACUUGAGAGUUUACUGCAGCAGAGAUCCUCCCAGCUUCAGCACAGAGACUGACAUCUUCCAGAGAGUACACCAACUACUGCUGGCCUGCAACACGGAAUUGGAAAUGCUAAAUGAACUAUCAGAAUAUGAGGAAGUAAAUCAUCUGCUAACCCGACCUAUCUACUGGAGCAGAGGAGAGAAGUGCACAUUACCUGACCAUCUGGAAGAACUUACCAGGCGAAGCAGAGAGUUUCUCUCCCUGCUUCACACCUGAUGCUGUACAUUACACUGCACAAUGCAAGGCACUGGCCAAGAACGUCAAACCAUCAGUGUGGAUGCUGAUUGACCUCUGUGAGCAAAGCACUCAAAAUAAUGCAGUACUAAUGGGAGGGGAGCCUGAUCUGUAAUACUGUUAAAACUAUGACUUUAAAUACAAUUGUGACCAACGACAAGUGUGAUUUCACUGACAUUACCCAGUGAGUGCCACGGUUGCUCAGACAAUUCAGCAGAGCUGCACUCAUCUUCCUCUGCACGUAGAGUCCAUGCUAUUUAAUGUUAGUAUGACUGGCAUGUAUAUUGUAUUACUGAAUAAAUUCAAAUGUUUUUAA